GAAAAGUUUAAACACUGCGGUAUUGACGAUGACAGCUACGUGCCCCUAUUUUCAACAGCAGUAGUAACAACCGACGCUUACGGCAGAAAGUGACCAGUUAACACGGUCGCCUGUUGAACCGUAACACCAGUACAGAAAAGGCCUGUCACAAGCAGCAACACCUGGAACCUGCUCAGUCCACCUUCAGGUGAAGUUAGCAAUGAGCGCCUUCAUGCAUUUUAAAAGCUGCGGCUCUGUGCUGGUAACGGGGGCCGCCCGAGGUCUUGGGCUGCAAAUAGUCGACACCCUUGCGAGUGGAGGUUUCAGCCCCGGCAAGAUAAUAGCCACGACUAGGAACCCCGCAAACGCGCCGAAACUUCAGGAACUGGCAGAGAAACAUCCCAACAUCCACAUCAUCACUUUGGAUGUAGUGAACCAGGAGAGCAUAGAGAAGUCUGUGGAAGAGGUGGGCCAGAUCUUACAAGACGAGGGUCUGAACUGCCUGAUCAACAAUGCAGGAAUCAAUGUGAUGGCCGACUUUCAAACCGUUACUGCAGAGAUGAUGAUCGAGAACUUCAAUACCAAUGCUGUAGCUCCUCUAAUGAUCACCAAGGCCUUCCAGCCUCUUUUGAAACAAGCUGCAUCUAGAGGAGGAGCCGGCAUGAGUAUCCAGAGGGCCGCGGUCAUCAACAUGGGAUCUCUGCUGGGUUCUGUGGAGCUCAACUGGGGCGACCGGUCCAACAACAUCAAAUGGUACCCCUACAGGACGUCCAAGAGCGCCCUGAACAUGGUGAGUCGCUCUAUGGCUGGUGACCUGGAGCCUGAUGGGAUUCUCUGUAUGGUCAUACAUCCUGGCUGGGUUCGCACCGACAUGGGGGGUCCUGAGGCCCCACUGAGCCCAGAGGAGAGCGUCUCUUCCCUCCUGUCUGUGAUUGGAGGAUUGACUGAGAAGGAUCACGGGUCGUUUCUGAACUUCAGCGGAGAGAUUUUGCCUUGGUGAUUCCUUAUUCAUAAGCCCGUUCAACAGAUCCUAAUGGCUAGAUAUUUUUAUUGUGUUCAUCUUCAACUAACAAAACAAGCAACGUUUUUUUUUUUGAGGGUCCAUACUGUACAGAGAUGCUGUUUGACAAGUUUGGCCCUACAUUUCUAUGAGUGUGU